AUGGCUUCGAGAACUGGGUUAUCAGCGUGUACAAAAGUCCUUUUCGGCGAAAUCACUACAUCAAAAUGCUUAUGUUCUCGGAUUAAAACGACUAAACACACAACGUCUGUUGAAGACUGUGCACUUCGGUGUAUCUUACACAAUGCGUGCGAAUAUUUUAGCUAUUGCAAUGGCUCAUGUUAUAUGCAUCGGUCGUUUUACGACAGAGAAAUUAGAGAUUAUGCUUGCAACUGUUCAUCGUAUAUUUUGCUCUCCGGAAACGGUAACAACAGGCAGAAAGUAUUUAAGAUGACCAAAGACUCAUUUAUAAGAACUCCUAUUUAUUUAUACUGGGACAAACUGCCCAUUGAAAAGGUGGAAUUUCGGUUCAAGAAAGAAGAUGGUGAUGAUGUCGAAUUCAUUUUCAAUGGAACAGGGACGAAUUCUACAUCGUGGUUCCAGAAAGAUAAACUCAAUAAAAAUCCGUUUAACUCUCAGAAUCCACAAACUGUGACUUUCAAUGCGAAUUUCAGUUACCCGAACUUUAUCAUCGAGUAUGAAAACGAGCAUUGGCUCGAAGCCAGAAGAGAAAGUGGAAAUAAUGAAAAGUACGUUAUGUCUCACAAAGCUGGAAGCAGUAAGUAAAACAUCUCCUCUUGAUUUCAAUGUAAUUGAUUGUAUAACUCUGUGUUGGUGUAC